AGUAGUCGCAUCGUGGCGGAAAUAGCUUUAGCAUCAGCUAACAACUUGAGCGUGUUUUUUAUUUUUCAUCAUGGACAACACGACAGACGGGACGUGGAAUAGUUUAUCGGUAAAACUCAGUGGCGGAAUCUUACAGACGCUCAAAGAGCUUACAUUCACGCACACGACACCUGUACAGUCUGCUUGCAUUCCUCUCUUCAUGAGCAACAAAGAUGUGGCUGCUGAGGCGGUGACUGGGAGUGGAAAGACUUUGGCUUUCGUCAUUCCUGUUCUGGAAGUUCUGCUCAAGAGAGAAGAGAAGCUUAAGAAGAUGCAGGUGGGUGCGCUGAUCAUCACGCCCACACGUGAGCUGGCCUUCCAGAUCAGUGAAGUCAUGGGACACUUCAUCCAGAAGUUUCCGCAGUUUACGCAGAUGUUAAUGAUUGGUGGCAACAACCCAAUGCAGGACGUGGAGAAGUUCAAGGAAAAAGGGGCCAACAUCAUUAUCGCGACACCCGGCCGUCUGGAAGACAUGUUCCGCAGGAAGUCAGACGGCGUGGACUUGGCCUCCUCGGUGAAAAGCCUCGAUGUUCUGGUACUGGACGAGGCAGACAGACUUCUGGACAUGGGCUUUGAGAACAGUUUGAACGCCAUCUUGGGCUUCCUGCCCAAGCAGCGGCGUACGGGCUUGUUCUCGGCCACUCAGACGCAGGAGCUGGAGAAGCUGGUGCGGGCGGGACUCAGGAACCCCGUACGCGUCACGGUCAAGGAGAAGGGCGUCGCCGCCAGCAACACGCAGAAGACGCCGUCCAGACUGUGCAAUUACUACACGAUCUGUCGCUCGGAGGACAAGUUCAACAAACUGGUGACGUUUGUGAGGCAGCACAAACAGGAGAAGCAGCUGGUCUUCUUCAGCACGUGUGCCUGUGUCGAGUACUACGGCCGCGCCCUGGAGACGCUGGUCAAGAAGGUCGCCGUCCUCUGCAUCCACGGCAAGAUGAAACACAAACGCAACAAGAUCUUUGCAGACUUCAGAGCCCUCAAAAGCGGUAUCCUGGUGUGCACCGACGUCAUGGCCAGGGGCAUCGACAUUCCCGACGUCAACUGGGUGCUGCAGUAUGACCCACCCAGCAGCGCCAGCGCGUUCGUCCACCGAUGCGGGCGCACGGCGAGGAUAGGUAACCAAGGCAACGCUUUGGUGUUCUUGCUGCCAAUGGAGGAGUCGUACGUCAACUUCCUGUCCAUCAACCAGAAAUGCCCGCUGCAAAAGAUGUCCCCCAUAACGGACGUGGUGGACGUGCUGCCGAAAGUGAAGGCCAUGGCGUUGGCUGACCGCGCCAUGUUUGAUAAAGGCAUGCGGGCCUUUGUGUCGUCCGUGCAGGCCUACAACAAACACGAGUGCAGCCUCAUCUUCAGGGUCAAAGAUCUGGACUUUGCCGCGGUGGCUCGCGGCUUUGCUCUCCUGCGCCUGCCAAAGAUGCCGGAACUGCGCGGGAAAACCUUCCCUGACUUCCAGGCGGCGGCGGCGGCGCUGGACACGGAGACUAUCCGGUACAAGGACAAGCAGAGGGAGAAACUGCGGCAGAAGAUGCUGGUGGAGCUCAAGGAGAAGCGCGAGACGAUGGAGCCUAAGAAGAAGCCUCAGAGGAACCAAGCUUGGUCCAAACAGAAAGCAAAGAAGGACCGCAGGAAGAAGAACGCCGCCAAGAGGAAGCACGAGCAGUGCCCCGACGUGGACGACGACGACAUGAAGGAGCUUCUGAACGACACUCGUCUCCUCAAGAGACUGAAGAAUGGACAAAUCUGCGAGGAGGACUUUGAGAAGGGGGUCGCGCGAGACCGUGACUGAGGAAAAGUCGGACACGCUCCCAUCUUACGCCGUUUAAUGAUGUUUAUAAAUAAAGCUUGAUGAGCUCGUCGCUGACGGCCGACGGCGUGAGGACGCCCAGGUCGGUGAAGAGGAGGGUGAUGAGGGAGGGGGGCGUGUAGUCCACCAGCGGGUGUUCCUCGGACAGGUUGGGGAGGUGUUUCAACGUGUCCACUUUGUACUGCCGGGACAGACAACAAACACAACAUGUGAUCUACAAUUCCAAGACUAGAAUGGCACCUCCCCCCACCUUGAACUUAUCCGGCACGUCCUGUUGGUUGAGCGGGUACAGGCGCACGAACUUGAAGCUUUCGGCCACCACGUAGAACGGUUUGUUGUGAGCCUUGGCGCACACCGCCGUCUGGUAGGUGCCAAUCUGUGCCAACGUCAAAACAUCUGUGGACUGACAAAACACGACUACUUCCUGCAACACACCUUGUUGAUGAUCCCGCCGCUCUCCACCACGCCCUCUGCGCCCACGAUGACCUGAUCCACCUUCUCCAGGAUGUACCUUACGCACGCCAGCCAAUUUAUGUCAUAAAGUGUGUCCCCAUA